AUGGCGGACCUUCUAGAUACGUCACAGUUCAUCACAAAAAUAUGUGGUCUCCAAAGUGCUGACGCAGCUCAAGUAGCUAUCGAUGCUAAUUCGCUAUUGCUGGGCAUAAUAUGCGUGCCAAAUCGAAAGCGUACCGUUGAUCCUAGCGAGGCCAAAAAAAUCUCCGUAAAGGUCAGGGCCGCCCGCGACGAGAGACAAAAAAGAGGGUUGGCUGGUCCAUUUUUAGUUGGGGUUUUCCGCAACCAAGAAGUUGAAGAGGUACAAAGGAUCAAGAGUGAUUACGGAAUAGAUUUCGUCCAGCUUCAUGGUAGCGAGGACUGGCAAAGAUACCAAAAGGCACUUCCGGGUACGCUUCUUAUCAAGAGAUUCAUUUUUCCGAAUGACUGUUCUCUGGUUGAAGAGCUUUCUCACGUAAAAAAUCCCGGUUGUUUGCCACUUUUCGAUUCAGAAGCUGGAGGGACCGGUGAACAGUUAGACUGGGACGCCAUUUCCGACUGGAGCAACGAAACGGGCGCCACUUUCAUCUUGGCAGGUGGUCUUUCACCUCACAACGUAAAAACGGCCAGUCAGCUCACUGGAGUACGAGGCGUUGACGUCAGCGGAGGAGUCGAAACUGAUGGUCUUAAAGAUUUCAAUAAGAUACGCCUCUUUCUCAGUGAAGCUUCAAAAUGA